AUGGCAAAAGAGGUAGAAGUUGUAUUAAAUCUUAAUGAAGAUGUCACGCAAAUCAUUAAGUCGGCCCUUUUAAAAAGCUGCAUUGAAUACCUUUUGUAUCAAAGGCAACAACUACCGAUGCCUUACCACGAACUCACAAGAAUGAUGGAAGACGAAGAGAAACAAGAUAUAACUACAAAUGUUGUAGAGCAACCAGUGGCCCGGCGAUUUCUCAACACGGAGUACAAGAACGCUAAGAAAGUAUACGAAGAUGUAGAGUGUUUGUCUGACAAUAUAAACAAGCUGUUUAUGUCAACAGUGGUCAAGUCUGCCUUAAUCUUACUGGGGUCAACACCGGUUAGUCCAAAAGAACGAUAUCUUUUAGACUUUCAGAACCCUGAGGAAAGGAACAGUUUGGAGAGUACUUCUAGAAUAUGCAAUUCUUCUUGUCGUAAGCUGAUACGGAGCUUAAUAUCAAAUCCAGAACUCGGUACAUUUAAGGAUAUAUCCCCUACUUCAAUGUUUGUCUUCAUACAAGCUAGCAGAUCUUCACAUGUCCAAUGGUUUCGACCAAAAUCAUCUUUCAAGCCUCCCAACCGAGGUCAAAGCUGUAAGAUAAGUGUAAGAACAGCCCUUGACGAGAAGAAUAACCCCCCUAACGUGAACACAGAUGAAUGGCUGUGGUUCCAGGCGCCUGUUAUUGUCAGAGGUUACAGAAACAGGAGUGGAGUUUAA